UGGCAGAAAAAUGCAGUGAGGGGUUACUGAAUGGGGCUGUGCCUGGUGAAACAGGUAAGCGAGAUGAGAACGUCAGACGAGGCAACUGGGGCAACCAGAUUGAAUUUGUUCUCACGAGUGUUGGCUAUGCUGUUGGGCUUGGCAACGUGUGGCGCUUCCCUUACCUCUGCUACCGCAAUGGAGGAGGUGCUUUUAUGUUCCCCUAUUUCAUCAUGUUGGUGUUCUGUGGGAUCCCCCUGUUUUUCUUGGAACUCUCUUUUGGACAAUUCGCUAGUCAGGGCUGCUUGGGCGUCUGGAAGAUCAGCCCCAUGUUCAAAGGUGUUGGCUAUGGUAUGAUGGUUGUCUCCAGCUACAUUGGAAUCUAUUACAAUGUUGUGAUCUGUAUCGCCUUCUAUUAUUUCUUCUCAUCAAUGACACGGGUGCUACCCUGGACAUACUGUAAUAAUUUUUGGAAUACAGGAAAUUGUACCAGUGUGUUGGAUGUUACCAACAGCUCAGUGGAUUCAUCACUCAACAUCACAAAUAUCUUCAACCAGACUCUGAAGCGCACUAGCCCCAGUGAGGAAUACUGGAGGCGGUAUGUAUUGAAGCUGUCUAAUGACAUCGGGAAUCUGGGUGAAGUUCGGCUUCCCCUGCUGGGCUGUUUGGGCGUCUCUUGGAUUGUCGUCUUCCUCUGCCUCAUCAAGAGUGUGAAGUCCUCAGGAAAAGUGGUAUAUUUCACAGCAACGUUCCCGUACUUGGUGCUGACAAUCUUAUUUGUGCGGGGAAUCACUCUUGACGGGGCAGUUAGUGGCAUCCUGUACUAUCUGACACCACAGUGGGACAAAAUCAUUGACGCAAAGGUAUGGGGCGAUGCUGCCUCCCAAAUCUUCUAUUCUUUGGGCUGUGCCUGGGGGGGACUUAUCACCAUGGCAUCAUAUAACAAGUUUCACAACAACUGCUACAGAGACAGCAUCAUCAUCAGCAUCACCAACUGUGCUACCAGUGUCUACGCAGGUUUUGUCAUCUUCUCUAUCCUCGGCUUCAUGGCUCAUCACCUGGGAGUGGAUGUUUCCAAGGUGGCCGACCAAGGCCCUGGCUUGGCAUUUGUGGCCUAUCCUGAGGCAUUGACACUCCUCCCCAUUUCUCCUCUUUGGUCUGUUCUCUUCUUUUUCAUGCUCAUCUUGCUGGGGCUGGGUACACAGUUCUGUCUCCUGGAAACUCUUGUCACAGCCAUUGUGGAUGAAGUGGGAAAUGAAUGGAUAUUGCGUCGGAAGACUUUUGUGACUCUAGGUGUGGCUGUGGUGGGCUUUCUGCUAGGUAUCCCACUCACCACACAGGCUGGUAUUUAUUGGUUAUCGCUGAUGGACAAUUAUGCAGCAAGUUUCUCACUUGUGGUUAUUUCAUGCAUCAUGUGUGUUGCCAUUAUGUAUGUCUAUGGGUACCGGAGCUAUUUCAAGGACAUUGAGAUGAUGCUGGGUUUUCCACCCCCCAUAUUUUUCCAGAUCUGUUGGAGGUUCAUCUCUCCAGUUAUCAUCUUUUUUAUCCUCAUAUUCACAGUGAUUCAGUAUGAACCAAUCACAUACAACACAUAUGUGUACCCGACCUGGGCCAUCGCCAUUGGUUUCUGUAUGGCACUCUCAUCGGUCAUCUGCAUCCCCAUCUACGCAGGCUACUAUAUUUUAUGCUCAGAAGGAGACACACUACUGCAGCGUUUGAAAAAUGCUACUCGGCCAAGCCGGGAAUGGGGCCCAGCGCUUGUUGAGCACAAGACAGGCCGCUACGCAACAGCAUUCAGCUCAACAGAAUCCCAGCUGGAGGUGCAGCUGCUGAACCCUGAGAAACCCAAAAGUGAUGAAGUUGGCAUGAUGGCUGCCAUCACCAUUGGAAGCAAUGGCUCAACCCACAGCCAAGACUCAAUGAUGUGAACCUUAGCCUGGGAGGCAGGGCAGGGAGCACUCCUUGCAUCAAUCCAUUCCCACCUGUCCUGGUUCUCUAAACCCUACUCUGCUCAGAUAUACUAAAGUACCCCCCACUGGGUGGGGGACCCCUGGCUCCCAGGCUGUGCUGGACUCUGGGGGAGGGGGCUAUGAGUUCCCACCCCACCCACCUCAUUA